AUAUUAUUUUUUUUUGGGCAGACACAUUGUUUCAGUUUAUUUUCCUUCAAUUUCCAUAAAAAACGUGAAAACAAAGUAAAUACGAAGUAAACAAAGCAAAAUGCCCACAGAAAUUGAGAAUAUAAACCCAAAUGUCUAUGAUAAGAUCAAGGAAAGAGUGCUAACGGCCAAUGAUGAGGACGAAAACGUGUCGGAUCCCUUUGACAAAAGGGAGAUUUUCGAUCUCAUAAGGAACAUCAAUGACCCUGAGCAUCCGCUGACCCUGGAGCAGCUACAUGUGGUGCAGGAAGAGCUCAUCCGCAUCAACGAUGCCCAGAAUUCCGUGCACAUUAGCUUCACCCCCACGAUUCCCCACUGCUCGAUGGCCACGCUAAUUGGCUUGUCCAUUCGGGUGAAGCUGCUCCGUUCGUUGCCGCCGCGCUUCAAGGUCACCGUGGAAAUAACGCCCGGAACACAUGCCUCCGAGCAGGCGGUGAAUAAGCAGCUGGCGGACAAGGAACGAGUGGCGGCCGCCCUGGAGAACAAGCACCUGGCCGAGGUGAUCAACCAGUGCAUCUCUGCGAGUGGUUGAUUGAUUAAUAGCUUUAUCCUCUAUCACUUGUUGAGUUUAGUAAUAAUAAUCUAUGAUUUUAUAGAGA